AUGGAUUUAUUCCCGAAUCAUUCGACGAUACGUCUCAAAAGUUAUCGGGAUAAAUACCUCGUUGCAGACAACGACGAAGAAUCCGUCUCCCAAAAUCGAGAUGGAUCAACAAGGAAUUCACAUUGGACAGUGGAAAUCAUCGAUGAAGAUUGCAUAUCAUUAAGAAGUUGCUACGGGAAAUACCUAACAGCAUCAAACAAACCCUCAAUUCCAGGAAUGCGAGCUCGAUAUCUCAAAGUUACCCAAACCCAACUCGGAAAUCUUAACGCUGAUAAUCCGAUCUCAGCUGUCGAUGAUUGUUCUGUUACAGGGAAAUGGAGUUCUGCGCUUCAAUGGGUUCCGGUGAUAACAGAAGACGGUUCAGAAGUUCGAUUGAAGACUCAUUACGGGAAUUAUCUGCAAUCGAACAAGGGUCCCCCGCCGUUGGGGGCUAUGGUGACUCAUGAUCUUCCUCGAAAAGAAGGGCCGAUGAACAAAAGGAUUUCUUGGCAAGUCGAAUUGGUGGAUUCGACUUCGGAUUCAGAUGCAUCGAAACACUCUGAUUCUGUUAAAACCAGAAUGGCGCUUUAUGCUAAAGCGUUUGCAAGUAAGGGGAAGGAGAAGAUCAAGGGGUCUGGAAAAGGAGGAAAAGCAUGA